AUGAGUUAUUGUGUUCUGUCUAAAGUACCAGCAAUUGCCGAAAAUGUUCUAAAUGAAGUUGAAGAGAGAAUAAAUGCAGCAGAUGUCAAGCAAUUUUCAGAUGAAGAUCUACUUACUUUGCAUUCGGUAUUUGGCGUAGUAUUGCAAAGGGCAUUAGAUAUAAUUGAGAAAUAUUCAACUUUUGUUACUUAUUGUACUAAAGGCAAAUCGCGAGAGUUAAUAGAAAUAAAUGGUGAAAACGACAGAUGUUAUAGAGUAUUUCCUCGUAUUAACUUCUGCCCAUGCCGAGCAUUUAAACACCAAGUUUUAGAGAAAAAAACACAAGUUACAUGCAAACAUGUAUUAGCAGCAAGGAUACAACAAAUAUUGGGUAAAACUGUUAACCACGACAUUUCUCAUAAUCAGUAUUUAAUGUUGGUUAAGUCUAUGUUUGAUUUGGAAGAGAAGAAUGAUGGAUGA